GUCAGCACUGUCAGCAGCCACAUGCAUCUUGGACGAGUUGGACGAUACUGUCUUGAUUCAUGACAAAAAAAAAUUACAAAUUUUAGGUUGGAUGUUGGAUGAUGGACGUAUUUCUUGAUUAGAACAAAUAAUAAGAAAAUUGUUUGAAUAUUGACAAAUUCUGUAAUUUGUACUAUAAAAGAAGCAAAAUGCGGCGGAAAAGUAGCAGAUAUCUAAAUAAAUCUGUGGACAAAUCUGAAACAGAUUCUCCACAUAAGACUUCGGAAAAUAGUAGCAACACCCGAUCAUCAAGACGCCAUAAAAGAUCUCCUUCAAUGUCUAAAAAUGAAGUAGAAGAUAAAACGCCUAUGAACUCUCAAAAUGAUGGGGUAGAAUUGGUAGGAACAGUUGAUGAACAAAUUUCUCCAGAUAGGUCCACUGUGGAUAUUGUUAAUAUGCCAAGUCCAGUGAGUGAUUCAAAUAGCAAACUGCUGGAAAGUAAGAAUAUUACAGAAUCCCAACAGGAAUGUGAUAUCAAGGAAGAUAAGGAAAUAAAUCAGGAAGUGAAAGGUAAGUCCAAAGGUAAAAAUAAAACAAAAUUUGAUCACUCAAGAAAUGAAAUUGGGCCUAAAACUGAAAAUGAUAAUGUACAGGAUAUAUCUGAGUCACCCCCGAAUGAUAAUGAAUGUACUCAAAACUCAGUUGAUUCUACUCAGAAGGAUCCACAAAAGCCAGAAAUUAUUGAACACAGGGACACUGAAAUGCAAAUUGAGAAAGAACAACAAAAGAUGGAAUUAGAUACUUUUGAGAGUGAAUAUGUAGAUAAUACCACUGUUAGCAAGACAGAGGAAGUAAUUGAAAGUAAAGAAAACAGAGAAGAUGCUGAGAUUGAAGAGAGAUCCACUACACCUGCAUUGCCUAAUACAACAAUGGACAAAAAUGCAACUUCAGAGGAUAAACCAGGUACUGUUGAACAUGAAGGAAUAUUAGAGAAAGGCAGUAGAAAACGUAUAACAUUGAAGAGGUUACCUCCACAAAAUCAGGAUGAACAUAGUAAAAAUCAGGUAUCAUCUAGUGAAGAAAGAAGUGUGAUUAAAGAUAAAACAAGCAAGAGAAUUACUCUAAAGCGUCAAACUAUUGAUGAUAUUCCAGCUAGUGAUAAUGUACUGAAAUCUACUGAUCCAGUAAGGAGAUCUUCAUUGAAUGUGACAACUCAUGGAAAUGAGAGAAGACUUAGCAGUCAAUCUGAGGAACAAAAUCACCAUGAUCCAGUCAGAAGAUCUUCAUUGAAUGAGACAACUCUCAAAGAUAAAAGAAGACUAAGCAGCCAAUCAGAGGAACAAGUUCACAAAGAUGUGGGAAGCAGAUCCUCUGUUGAUGAGACAGCUCAUGAAGAUAAAAAAAGACUAAGCAGUCAAUCUGAAGAACACAAUAACCAUGAAGACGUAGCAAAUAAGCCAUUGAAGAGGGUAAAGUUGAACAGGAAUGUAUCUCUUGAAAGUCAGGGGACCGAAACUGCCAAAAGAUCCGGCAAACAGCCGUGGGGUAGGAGCGAAUGGCUGAACAAAUUAUCGGCAACCAUGUACAAAAUCGACGUCGAUUCCAUAAAAACCGUUUGCCCUAGCGUUGAGUUUCUCAAGGAAUCUGAAAUCAAACUGAAAACGGCUCCCAGGGAGCGCAUCAAAUCGGAGAGCAGCGAGAUCGUCAAGCGGAAGCUGUCUUUGGAGAAGUCUGAGGACGAAUCCGAGAAGCAUAACUCCGAAUCGGAAUCGGUGGAGGAGCCUAAAAUCGACCCCAACCCCAACAUAAUCGCUCUGAACAGGAAGAUCAGCAUUGUUGACGAUACGGCCAGCAAGAUGAGGCCUCCGGCAAGUCCGGCGAAAAAUCCGAAAUCCGAGAUAUUGUUCAUCAGCAACUUGGUGAGACCGUUCACUGUGAAACAGUUGAAGGAGCUGUUGGAGAGGACCGGCAAGAUUCAAGAAGAUGGAUUCUGGACGGAUAGGAUCAAGUCAAAAUGUUAUGCUCGUUAUGAAUCUGAAGAAGAAGCGGAGGCCACCAGAAAUGCUCUCCAUGGAGUUAGCUGGCCAAUCGGCAAUGGAAAGCAGCUGGUCAUCGAUUUUGCUACAGAGGAGGACAUGCAGAAAGCAAGAAACCCUGUACCGGCAGUUCCCGUCGUGCCUGAGAUAUUACCAGAAAAAGAAAAUAGGUUUCAGGAGCCGGAUAAAUUGGAGAUCAGGCACAGGGAACAGGAGGUUGAAGAGAAGCGCCAUCACGAGACGGGACGGGACAGGAGCAGAGAGGAGACGCGCCGGAGGCAUUCCAGAAGCAGGAGCCGAGAAAGGAUCAGGAGACACAGUCGUAGGUCUUACACACCUGAAGUUCUCAUGAAGAAGAAACCAAAAAAAGAGGAGGUACCUCAAAAACUGAUGGAUGACUUAUUCUUGAAGACAAAAGCAACGCCCAGUAUAUAUUGGCAGCCCCUUUGUCCACAAGAGAUUGCAUUAAAGCAGCAACAAAGACUGGUGCGCAUGGAAGAACACAAAAGAAGAAUCGAAGAGACUCGAACACGCUUGCGAGACGUCAGGCGAGCACCCUUCAGGCGGCGCUGACAUUUUCCUAAGUUUUUUUAGAUUUUUUCAGGACUUGAUUUAAUUUUUGUAUGGCUGGGAUUCGCAAGGCUGUGUAUUUGGGUAAUGCGUGCGUGUGUUUUUGUAUCGAUUUCUUCCCCCCAUUAGAUUAUCAGCUAGGCGGUUAGCUUAGCUUAGCUUAGCAUACUUAUCAAUAUCUAACCCUGUAUGAAUGGAGGAUGCGUGUUUUUAGUAAUCCAGAUUGUUAUAGGAUUUCAGCAAUCUUCAAGUGGUUUUAUUCGCCGUUGGAUCCAUCCGUGGAAUGUGUUCUUCAUGAAGCACCAGCAUUAUGGGUUUUUAUUAUUAUCACAGCGAGUUUCCUGGUAUGAGUAUAGUUUACUUUUGACAGUUUUUCCAGUAACUUCUCUCGUUUCGAAACUAGAGGUUGGAUUUUUGUACAGUGAGAGUAAUUCAACAAUAAAUAUUAAAUAUUGAUAUGCUACAAGA